AUGGCGCGACUGCUCUACCGCCGCUGGCACUUGCCUGCACUCGCCAGGCGCCACUAUUCAUCUCCAUCCCAACUUCUGCGCAUUGAGAAGACCCAGUCGCCCAAACCCCAGCCCAACCCCUCCGAGCUACAAUUCGGGCGGUCUUUCACCGGCAAGUAUCCCUCAGACUCGAAGUAUCACAUCCUGAAGCUCGAAUGGACCACAACCCAAGGCUGGAGCGAUGCCCAAAUCACCCCCUACGACACCCUCCGGCUUGACCCGGCGUCCUGCGUCCUCCACUACGCAUUUACCUGCUUCGAGGGCAUGAAAGCGUACAAAGACCCGCACGGCAACGCGCGGCUUUUGCGGCCUGAGAAAAACCUCGCGCGGCUCAACAGGUCCGCAGCUCGACUCGCUCUUCCGAUAUUCGAUGAGUCCCGCGUGUUGGAGUUUUUAGCCAAAUAUGUCGAUCUCGAGAAGAGAUUCAUCCCACACUUACCGGGCCACUCCCUCUACCUGCGCCCAACGUUGCUAGGCACCGAUGCCAGUAUCAGUGUUUCGCGACCCCGGAGCGCAAUGUUGUUUGUCAUUGCCAGUCCGAUGGGAGAUUAUUUCGCCAAUGGGAUGAAGGCUGUCACGUUGCAGGCGACGCGGUCGCCGGUGCGCGCGUGGCCUGGUGGUGUGGGAGAGUUCAAGGUCGGUGGGAACUACGCGCCGAGUAUUGUGCCCCAGGAAGAGGCGGCAGAGGCCGGGUGCGAGCAGAAUCUGUGGCUGCUGGCUGAUCGUGAGAGGGGCGAGGAGUUUGUGACCGAGGCCGGCACCAUGAAUCUCUUUGUGGUCUGGGCGAACCCUUCCACGGGGAAAAAAGAGCUUGUGACGCCGCCGUUGGAUGGGACAAUACUGCCCGGAGUGACGCGAAUGUCGAUUUUGGAGCUCGCAAGGGAGAGACUUGCAGGGCCUGGUUUGGAGGUGGUGGAGAGGAGGAUUACGAUGGGAGAGCUGGCGGCUGCGUCGAAGGAGGGCCGCCUGCUGGAGGUGUUUGGUGCGGGAACGGCGGUGGUGGUGUCGCCGGUGAGGUCGAUUCGCUGGGGAGACCAGAUUAUUUCCUGCGGUCUGCAAGAGGGGCAAGAAGCUGGUCCGUUGAGUCUGCAGAUGAAGACUUGGCUUGAGGAGGUGCAGUAUGGCCUGGUUGAGCAUUCAUGGAGGUGA